UUUUGUGCUUCAACCUUUCUCUUCUUAUCGUCAACAAUCGGCCGAUGCAAUUUUGCAAUGCUACAUAAUUUGGAUCUUCAACUGUUGAUCAUCGUGAUUAUUUUGAUCUUUUUCUGCAUCGUUUGCUGCCUUGUACUAUGUGAAUUAUAUUACAAAAGGCGAAGAAUGAAGUGGCGUGCAGCAGCAGUUUCCAGUUCUGAGAUAUUUGUAACCUCUGGGCAACAACAAAAAACAAGGAGUGCCACUCGUCUACUUGGCGUUCAAAACUCUGGAAAUUCUGCUUUAAGUGCUGGUGUCUCUUCAUCAUUAACCAAGUUGGGGGUAUUCUGGCCUAGAAAAAACAAUUUAUCCGCUGUUGAAAAUGAAGAAGAAAGUUUAACACGGUUAUAA